AUGACGAAGAGUGCUAAAUGGCUUUAUGGAGGCACAUCUUGCUGCAUGACCUAUACUGAAAUUAAGCUGGUUGAUAGUCGCAACUGUCAAGCUUGUCAUUCUGCAAUUUCACCUUCAUACGAUCUUCUCUUUUCGAUUUCGCCUCCCAUUCCCAGGGGUAAAUUAUCUAGCCACACCAGCAAUGCCAACAUUCUGCGCGCGCAAGUGGCCGGCCUCAUAGUCGCGGCGCAAAAUAAAAGGGGCAUCAAAAACUUGUACGACUGGCAAAGAGAAUGUUUGUCUGAUCAGCGCCUCCGAAGAGGCUCAAAUUGCGUAGUUUGUUUGCCUACAGGAAGCGGCAAAACUUUGAUAGCUGAAGUUCUAAUGCUGCGGGAGGCAAUUGUGAAUAAGAAGAGUUCGAUUCUUGUACUGCCCUAUGUAGCUAUAGUUCAAGAGAAGAUCGCAUCUUUGUCUGUUUUUGAAGAAGCUUUUGGAAUUAGGAUAGAAGAAUAUGCGGCUAACAAAGGUAGAAUUCCACCCAUAAAACGCAGAAGAGAUGUUUCUAUAUAUGUAGCGACAAUAGAAAAGGCGAAUAGCCUAAUGAAUUCGGUCAUCGAAUCGUCUGAAAUUGACCGCAUUGGUCUCGUGGUAGUGGAUGAACUUCACAUGAUUGGGGAUGGAAGCCGUGGCACAAUCAUUGAACAACUGUUGUGCAAAUACUUGACGAAGGGAUUUGGUCAAAUCAUUGGUAUGUCGGCUACGCUCUCGAAUAUCGAGGAGUUAGCUGCUUUUCUUCGUGCAUACAUUUAUUCCACAGUUUUUCGACCGGUCGAACUCCAUGAAUUUGUUCGGAUGGGGCAGACAAUGUGGAAAGUGUUGCCUACAGGAGAGCUAGAGCUGAAUGCGGAGUUACCACCUAAUAGGCUGUCGAAAGCUGAUCCGGACGGUUUGUGUCAAUUACUGAUCGGUGUUAUUCCACAGCGCUCAGUAUUGAUAUUUUGUCCUACCAAGAAAAAUUGCGAGAGUGUGGCUACCUUGAUUGCUAAAUGUGUUCCUGAACAAGUACGCAAAAGAAAACUUGAAGAGAAGCAAAAAGUUCUUGCGGCGAUGAAGGAGGACUGCGAAGGACAGAUAUCGCCUGUGCUUGAAAAUACCAUAAUGGCAGGAAUCGCCUACCAUCACUCAGGUUUGACACAUGAGGAACGCAAGCAUAUCGAAGCCGCGUACAGUGAAGGCAUACUCUGCGUAAUUUGUGCAACAUCGACACUGGCAGCUGGGGUCAAUAUGCCUGCAAGAAGGGUCAUCAUAAAGUCUCCGAUGGUCGGCUGCAAUCCACUUGGUAAGGCUCAAUACUUACAAAUGAUAGGACGAGCGGGAAGGGCUGGCUUUGACCAAAAAGGUGACAGCAUCACCAUUGUUCGACCAGGUCCCGAAGAGAGGCAGUUUCGAGCUAUGCUUUCUUCACCAAUGAUGUCAUGCUCUAGUGGACUUGCUAGUUUGGAGUAUCUAUCAUCGUUUGUUGUGGAUUUAGUAACAUUGAAGAUUGCCAACUCCUUGGACUCUCUUUGCGAAGCCUUGACACAUUCCCUUUUGUAUGCACAAGUUGGUUUCGCAGCUGUCAGAAGCGCAUUACAGUCAGCAGUGGAAAAACUGAAAAGCGAAGGUUUGAUAGCUGAGGACAACGAGGGAACGUUAACUUCAUCGCAAUUGGGAACCGCAACUUUCGUUGCGAAUCUUUCCCCUCUCGAAGCACAACGGCUGGCCACUGAUCUGUCGGCUAGCCUUAAUGGUGGUCUAGUCUUUUCUUCUCAUUUCCAUCUGCUCUUCACCAUCGCUCCAUAUGAUGCUGUAUGUCCCGUUGAUUGGGAUCUUUUCCACACAUUGUAUCUGGCAUUGUCGGACAGCGAAAAGAAGUUGUUAUCAUCCUAUGGGAUACCUGAACGAGUGAUUCUGCAACAUAUUGUCAAGAAAAAGCGCUUAGAAGCCGGAGACGCUGCGAUGCGCCUUUACAUAGGUCUGUUGUUACAAGAGAUUUGGAAACAACAACCUCAUGCUGCUGUCGCCGAGAGGUUUGGAGUUGAGCGCGGCUGGCUGCAAAACACAUUGCAAAAUGCUACAUCGCAAGCUGCUGCAAUUGCAAAAUUCUCGGAGAAAAUUCCAAGUUUAUGGCCACUUCGGUUACUUCUUCCGGAGCUGGUCCAACGAUUAUCUGACUGUGUGAUUGCUGAGCUUAUCCCACUGAUGGCCAUAGAUGGCGUAAAACGAGGUCGUGCUCGGCAGUUGUAUGCAGCUGGCUAUAAAACUGUAGCUAAGGUUGCAAAGGCGAAUUAUCAAGACCUUCUCAAAGAUAUUGCACAUCUUAGCCGAUUUAGCGCGAUCAAAAUGAUCAACUCAGCAAAGUCGAUUCUUCGAGAUCAAGUGGACGAAAAAUUGGAGGAAUUAGAUGCAUAUGGAAUUGACGUAUCUGAGCUUAUCAUGAUGACCGCAUUUGUGCAGGAAACCAUACAAACAUGCAAUUAUACAGAUGAUGAUUAUAGCAAGACAAUUAAGAACGUGGUCGAACUCUACGGUCUUGCAUAUCAAUGCAGUUUUGAAGAAAGGGCUUUUCGACAUUUCCUUUCCAAUGAUAAAUAUCCUCAGAGCGGACACUAUGUUGAAGAACGAUACAAAGGCAAUUUGACAACUGAUGGUCUUGCGUCAUCCUUUGCCGAUACUCUCUUUGAAUGGCUGGUCUUGUUCACAGUGGUGGGAUAUGAGAAAUCGACUGGCGGCUGUUAUCUCUCCGAGGUGCUAAAUGGAUCAGAUACAUACGCUAUUGCUUGCAUACUUGCUUAA